GAGGAUGCUGGAUGCCAUCCAACCAGGAAGUGAGGCGGAGCUCUAUCUAGCUGCAGGGGAGGAGCCGGUACACCUGUGCAAGACUGAAGGGGAGGAGCCGGUACACCUGUGCAAGACUGAAGGGGAGGAGCCGGCACACCUGUGCAAGACUGAAGGGGAGGAGCUGGUACACCUGUGCAAGACUGAAGGGGAGGAGCCGGUACACCUGUGCAAGACUGAAGGGGAGGAGCCGAUACACCUGUGCAAGACUGAAGGGGCGGAGCCGGUACACCUGUGCAAGACUGAAGGGGCGGAGCCGGUAAACCUGUGCAAGACUGAAGGGGCGGAGCCGGUACACCUGUGCAAGACUGAAGGGGAGGAGCCGGUACACCUGUACAAGACUGAAGGGGAGGAGUCGGUACACCUGUGCAAGACUGGAGGGGAGGAGCCGGUACACCUGUGCAAGACUGAAGGGGAGGAGCCUUUA